AUGGCACCAAGAAAGCGUUCGACUUCAAAGACUAGUUCAAGCUCUUCUUCUUCAGACCGGUCUCGUUCACGCAGUCGUACACGUUCAAAAACUCGAAGUCGUAGUAAGACUUAUUCACCUGACCGAGGCGAAGAAGGUCGCCUACAUGUAGCAAACAUUGAUGAAUCAGUACGUGCUCGAGAUCUAGAAGAGGCGUUCUCGCGAUUUGGUAAACUGUCAGAAGUGUGGGUUGCUAGUUAUCCACCACUUUUUGCAUUUGUCGUGUUCAAAAGUAAAUCAGACGCUAAUGAGGCGUUGGCAGCAUUAAAUAAUACCUAUAUCAGAAAUUGUCGUGUACGUGUCUCCGUUGCAUUGCCACGAGUUCGAGCUCAUGAUCGCUAUCGUUUUGGUGGUGGUGGAUACGGUGGUGGUUACUAUGGCGGAGGUGGCUACGGAAGAUAUGGAGGUUAUGGUGGCAGUCGAUAUGGCGACUAUGGGCGUUACGGAGGAUAUGGUCGUGAUAGAGAGAGACGUGUUGAAACUUUGGUGGUGAUAACUGGUUUGUUGGCUCGGCUCCCUCCGUCGUCCAUAUUGUUUGGAAUGGAUGAGCCGAGCUGUGAAUUGGUUUUCAUGAUGAUGGUCUAUUAUUUUGUGUCUUUGGCACUCUCUGGAAUAUUGUUGUUGGAAAAUGGAGAAAAUGUGCAUUGACGAUCACCACCUCGUCGGGAGCGCGAACGACGUAGAAGAUCUCGUACUCGCUCCCGGUCACGAACGCGUUCCUCCUCAUCUCACAGUCGAUGA